AUGCUACUGAGGUGUUAUGAUCAGGCAGUGGCUCCUCAUCAGGUGGCAGCCAUUGCGGGUCAAGAGGAUCCAGUGCAGCCGGAGAGUCACCAGGACUGGGCGAACCGGGAAUACAUUGAAGUCUUCACCAGCAGCAUCAAGAAAAUCGCGGACUUUCUCAACUCAUUUGAUAUGUCUUGUCAUUCAAGACUUGCAACACUAAACAAGAAAUUGACAGCCCUCGAACGGAGAAUAGAGUACAUUGAAGCACGGGUGACAAAAGGUAAGACCCUUACCUAG